GGGUUCUCAGCAGAGUCGCCGGCAGAGCUAGCGGGCCGCUAUGAAAUUUCAUGUUCGCGAUUCAGAUCGCGUUUGCACUCCGGAGAGGACGUUCGUGCGGCAGUUCUGUAUUUACUUUUGUGGUCACAGAGAAAUAUCCAACCAUGUCAAAGCCAGCUCUGUAUUAUGCCACCCUAAGUCCCCCAUCGCGCGCCGUCCUCCUCACGGCCAAGGCGAUCGGGCUCGACCUUGAACUACGGCCAAUUAACCUGCUGAAGGGAGAGCAUCUGACUCCGGAAUUCCUGAAGCUGAACCCCCAGCACACCAUCCCAACCCUGAUCGACGGCGAGGCCACUAUCAUUGACUCGCACGCCAUCUGCGCCUACCUGGUGGAGAAGUACGGCCAGAAGGAGCAGCAGCUCUACCCGAAGGACUUGGUGCAGCGCGCCAACGUGGAUGCCCGGCUCCACCUGGACUCCGGCCACCUCUUCGCGCGCCUGCGCUUCCUCUACGAGCCCAUCCUGUAUUAUGGAUCCACGGACUGCUCCAUCGACAAGAUCGCAUACAUCCAGAAGUGCUGGGAGAUCCUAGAGGGAUUCCUCAAGGAUCAGCCGUAUUUGUGUGGUUCUGACCUGACCAUCGCAGACUUUUGCGCCGUGGCCACCGUAACCUCGGUGAACGACGCCGCUCCCAUCGAUGAAUUUAAGUUUCCCAAGAUGCACGCCUGGCUGAAGCGUCUGGCAGAGCUACCCUACUACCAGGAGGUGAACGGCGACGGCGCUGACGAGCUUAAGAGCAUCUUCAAGGCCAAGCUGGCAGAGAACCGUGGCAAGUAGGCGGCGACUCCAUCAUGUUUUGUUUUGUACCCACACAUUCUAUAUGCAUAUCCACUCUUGAAUAAACGGAUUAGCUCAAAGUAA